CCCUCCACUUCCACUCAUGUGACAAGCCCGUUCAAUAUCUCGGUAUUUUCUGUCUUGAUAUUUUUGUCUGGGUGUUUCUUCUGUCUUUAUGAAUGCCGAGCCUGCAUGUCGACACCUUAAAACUCUCUUCCUCGAUCGUGCCUGGGGCACAUCAGUAUGCUCAAUAUGUCUCCAAUCCGAACACGUUCACUCGAUGGAGGCGCUCCCAACUUUGACGCUGCUGGAAUCAUUUACGUGGUCGCAGCCAUACUCUACACCAUUGUUCUCGCUGUUGAACUCUUCUUCCUGUAUCGCCAACGCUCAGCAUUCUGUGUCCGAAUUCGGGGCCUCGAUGUUGUAUUUACUUCGGUGUCGAUGCUCCAUGUCUACUUGGUCUUGGUGCUGCUCGUCUAUCCACUGAACGGGCACUGGCCUUGUUCAGCUGAAUUUUGGGUUAUGUCCAUCUUCCUCCCGUUAGGGAUGGCAAUCUUCCAAGCUUGCAAUGCUAGAGUUCUCACCGCCUACGAGAGCCAGCGCCGGAUGAAGGCGGAUUUUCUCGCCGGUGCGCGCAAGAAGAGACUCUCUUGGACACCAAAGGGUCUCUUUGAAGCCUGGCUGAAUCUUGACGCUGCAGCAAAGGUGUAUGUUGGCACCGUCAUCGGACUUGUCAUCUCGCUACUUCCAGCAAUAGGCCUCUUUUUUGGCUCUAGGCGCUUCCACGCUUCGUAUGGCUCCUUCGGUCCUAUUGUAGGCUCGCGACAGUGCCGCCAAGGAGCCGAGUGGGUCCCAUCUAUUCUUGUUCAACUGUUUUGGACUGCGAUCGUCGGACCCUGGAUUCUCUGGAAGAUACGCAAUGUGAACGAUGUUCACUCCUGGGCGUGGCAGACAAGGCUCGCGAUCUUCGCGGGUUUACCCGGCACCCCUCUGUGGAUUGCUUUCACCCAAGGAGAUUUUCCCGGAAUGCGGGCGAUUAAUAAGUUCUUCCCUGCAGCAGGCUGGUUUCUUCCUUCCCUAGUCGUAUGUCAGCAAGUCCUCAUCCUGAUACCUUUGCGGGAUGCCGCCAAGAAUAGAACCACGCAGCGGCGAUCGCUCUCUAUGUCGACCGACACGGACUCGCUCACUUCCACUCCUUCGAACAUCUCCGAAAAGUCACCAGCCUCAUUAUUGAGCAAGGAACUGAAGCCCAAGGCUAGCAUGCAAGCGCUCGAGGCCAGUAUCGAGCACAAUAUUGAGUCGCUGAUUGAGUGGACUGCGUCGCGCGAAUUUACUGCCGAAAACACCAUCUUCCUUCGCGAGGUACGAAACUUUAAAAAGAAAUGGUCCGCCCUGCGCACUGUCACAACCGCCCAAAGACGCCAGAUGCAUACCGAAGCGUCGCUCAUUUUCUUCACCCUUGUCAACCCGUUCACCGCAGAAACACCUAUCAAUAUCGAAUAUAAGAUCUUCAAGAAACUGCAGGAGCAGUUCGAGGGUAUGGAAUAUGAUCCGUACAUGCCAGCAAAUCGCAGCGCAAGCCCCGUUGGGGACAACGUCGUAUGUCCUUGGGAAAAUACCCUAGAUCGUCCGGCCAGUAUGGAAUCGAACGUCAGCGGCACGAGUGUAUCGAGUACUUCGAGCACGAGAAGCCUUGUACCCAGUCAGUUCACCGAGGACGUCUUCGACCCUGCGUUCGAAAGCAUCAAAUACCUUGUCUUUACGAACACCUGGCCGCGGUACGUGGACGCAGAGAUGUCGAACAACUCACGUUCACCAUAGAUGGGACAGCGGAGCACAGAUAUAUUCCUAUCGGCAAUUUGGCACAACACAUUCCUUAUCACACCUUUCAACCAGCUUUCAGGCUGGCCGUGGCCCGGUGAUCGGCUAAUUCGGUACAGUCCACUGUCCGCUGGCGGCUCCGGCUCUACAUCACACUUGUUUAUAUCACGCCAUCGUUGUACAUU